GUGAAAUUACCGGAAAGCUUUCUGUAAAACACAUCUAUGAAAUUGCAAAAAUUAAAUCGACUGAUAAAGCUAUGAUUGGUGUUCCAUUAAAGGAAAUUUGCCAAUUAGUUAUUGAAAGAGCUUCAGAAAUUGGGAUUAAAAUACAAUAUGAGGAUUUGGACCCUAAUGAAUAUAAAGAAUUUUUGGAUAUGCGCCGUGAAGUUGUUAAACAACAAUUGGAAGAAAUUGCAAAACAAGAAGCAGCAAAACUUUUGAGAAUUUAA